CGUUGCGGAGCGCGGGAAGGCAGAGCGGCUCGGACUACGGCCACCCACCGGCGCUGCGGGGCAGCUGUCCCGGGAGGCGGCGGCGUCCUCAUGCGGGCGCCCCGCGGGAAGCCGGCUCUGGAAGAGUCCCUGGAGCGGUACCAGCGGCGCCUCCGAGAGCGUGCUAGCGAAAGCAUCCAUCAACUGAAAUAUGCCUUAGAGGAGAGGCAGUUCGCAGAGGGUGAGGGUGAAGUUGGAUUUGACCAAGGCUUUGUGGACAGGGGCAGUGAUGACAGCAGGAAUGCAGCCUGGCAGGAAUUGCAGCACAGUCAGGCAGUUAAUCAACUUAAAAUUUUGUUGCAACAUCAAGAACAAAUGGAAAGUGAAGUAUCUCCAUCAAGGAAGAAGAUGUCAUUCUGUAAACUCCCAGAAGCUGCAACUGGAGACAUACCAGCCCUUUCUGAUCUCAUUCCUAUAAUCAAUGACCAGUCACAGUACAUUAACCAUUUAGAAGCAGAAGUGAAGUUUUGUAAGGAGGAAUUAGCUAGGAUGAAAGAACAAGUACAGGUAGUUGUAACUGAAAAUGAGGAACUCCAUCAGAGACUGAAAUUCUUAACUGCAGAAUAUACAUUGAGAGAACAGACUCUUCUAGAUGCCUCAGCAAAUACUCAGAACUCCUGGCCUAUAGGGGGCAAUGACAGCAUGCAUCAGCCUGUCACCUCAUCACCAGCACGCAACAAAGAUCAGGCUUUUGUUACUGCAACUGUUGGAGAAAUAGAAAAGUGGAAUGUAGAACUGGAGAAACUGAAGCUUAUUUAUCAAGAAAAAGUCAACAUCCUUCAUGAUCAAAUACAGUCCCUAAGGAAAGACCUUUCAGAAUCUCAGAAGACAUGCAAAGAUUUGGAAGGAAGGCUAAAACACCAGAAAUCACUUGUUUCAGCCACAAAUUCUAGCCGGGUUGGUGGUCUGUGUCUGAAAUGUGCACAACAUGAGGCAGUUCUUGUGCAGACUCAUUCUAAUGUUCACAUGCAGACCAUUGAGAGGGUAACAAAAGAAAGAGAUGACUUGAUGGAUGCACUUGUUUCAGUGAGAAGAAACAUGAAAGAGAUGCAGCAAAGAGAAUCUAAUGCUUGUGAGCAAGUUAAACAAGCUGUGCAAAUGGCAGAAGAGGCCAACUUAGAAAAAACAAAGGCUCUAGUCCAGUGUGAGCAGCUGAAAAGUGAGAUGGAACGGCAGAAGAAUUGUUUUGAAAGGGAGUUAGCUGCCCAGCAAAGUAAAAGGGCUGAUGAAAAAGAAGCACUGCGGGAGGAAAUGAAGAAGGAAAGGGAGGACUUGGUAGCAAUGGUAAUGGCCGUGUCUGAGAAAGUGGCCAUGUCAGAGGCACAGAUAGGGAGAAUUACAAGGGAAAAGAACUCUCUACUUAAUCAGUUAGAAGAAUCACAACAGCAGCUUGCAUCUCAUGAAACAGAGAUGAAUAAGGUGUGUGGAGAAAUGCGCUAUCAGUUGAAUGAAACCAAAAUGAAGAAGGAUGAGGCAGAAAAGGAGCUCAGAGAGUACAGAACAAAAACUAUAAGGGAGCUUGAAAUUAAGGACCAGAAAAUAGAAAAACUAGAAUUAAAGCUGCAUGGAAGCAAACAGCGUUUGGAACAAGCCCAGCAGGAUGUGGCAGGAACCAGAGAGGAGUGCCUAAAACUGACAGAACUGCUGAGUAAAUCUGAGCACCAACUGCACCUCACCAGAUUGGAGAAAGAGAGCAUUCAGCAAAGCAAUAGCGAUAAAGCAAAGGCCCGAGCCCUUCAGGCCCAGCAAAGAGAGCAGGAGCUGACACAGAAGAUGCAGCAAAUGGAGGCCCAGCAUGAGAAAACUGUAAAUGAACUGGACUCAUUGCUGACCUCCCAGAAUACAUUCAUAGCAAAAUUAAAGGAAGAAUGUUGUAUGUUGGCAAGGAAGUUGGAACAAAUGUCCGAAAAGUACAGAUCUGAAGUCAACCAGCUUAGUCAGGAAAAAGAGUAUCUUCAUGGCAGAUUGGAGAAGAUGCAGAAACGGAAUGAUGAAUUAGACCAACAAUGUAUCCAGCAUGGGAGAAUGCAUGAGAGGAUGAAGUCGAGGAGAAUAUGACAGGCCAUGAUAGAACUAUUUUGUAGAAGGAGCAAGAUCUGAUUGAUCCAAAUUGAAUUUCUUUUGGAGCAACAAUGGCAAUUGUGGUAGUUGCAUUCCUGAAAGUGAAGAGAUAAGCUCUUUCUCUGGUAUUCCUGUCUCUGCCUGAGUAUGUGUUUCAUAUGAAUAUAGUCCAAAAUUAUGUAAGUAUGUUUUAAAGGGAGUACUUUAAAUUACAAUCAUUAGAGGUUAUUUUGGAUCAGUCCUUCCAAUGUAAUGCAAAAUCUCAUCUCUUUCAGUGUGUUUUUGCUCAGUGAAAUAUGGCCUUAAAAGCAGAUCCAAAUGAUACAGUUGUUCCAUGCUAUUGGGGCAAAUUUUAAUUGAAACAUGUAUGGUUUGCAGGACUAGGGUGACAUAUUAAGGCUGCAGUGGAGCUUAUGAAGAGAUAUUCAUUUAAUGUUGUUAAUCAAGCAGUCCUGUGGAUCUUUGCUUUAGAUACAUAUAUAUAUAUAUUAUAUUAUAUUUUUACAUUGCCUUGUUCUUGUUUUGGUAUUUUUUGCAGCUAUGUACUUCUCAUUUCAGCCAGUGAUUUGUUCAGCUAAGUAUAUUAUCUCAAAAGUCUUAAUUAAUGUAACAUAAGACCUCUGUGCCACUGGAAGUGAAGUGGUCAGUGUGUGUGACUUUAUGGAUCUUAAUCUUGAUGAAAUAAAUUCUUGUCCCUUAUGUGGCAAAGGGCAUAUUGGUAUAAAUUUUCAACCUCAAAGCAAAUUUUGUGAUUAAAUUCUGCAAAUGUCUAGCAAAAAUUAAAAGAUUAAACUACCUUUCUGUUUUCCUUCUGUGCUCCAGUCCACAAAAAAUCAAUAGACUGCAGAGGAAGGAAAAUCCAAAACCAAAUUAAUUGUGUAACUGUACACAUAAUGUUUGUUCACUCUCUCCUUUAUCUCUUUUCAAACUUAAUUCCAAGGCAAGCAUUUUCACCUCUGUAGCUAGACCAGUUGUGUAAAUUCAAAUCCACUUUCUCACAAGCUCUGUUCUUACCUGGGAAGCAAGAAGAAAAAGUCAAUUAUCUGCAUAGAUCUGUUAUUGAUAGAACAUAAUUAUGAGGAAGUAGUAUUUGCCCAAGCUGCCAUGGAUCAGGAUUUCACCAGGCUACUUAAGCUUUUACCUAACUAAGUUAACAACUCUUGUAAAUACAAGGUUCAAUUGCAGUUUUGCUUUUCUUUAUCUAUUCUUCUCAUAAAGCAAGCAUUUUUUUGUAAGUCAUUUAUUUAGACAAUUUCUUAUGUGGGCAGACGGUGUCUAAAAUGGGAAGCAUUUAAUUUCAUAUAGCUAGCUCUUUUUUGUGUUCAUUUCCUGUUAAAGACCCAGAUGAUGCAUGGAAAUACAGCAAAUAUGGAGUAGUAUCUUCAAGUAGGAGAAGCAAAACCUAGGCAAUUGCUUUCCUUUUUUCAAGAUGAGCGAGCCAUGCCUUCACAUUUUAUCAAGCAGCUAAAAAAGAGCAUAUGGACAGUAGUUUGUAUGAAGUAUGAGGCUCUUUGAAAAUCUUCUUAAUAAAACUGAAGCUUCUAAUGAUUUCUUUUUUCUCUCCAAACAUUUUUCCAAACUAAGUUCAGUAUACGGGAUCUGGGGCUAUGAAUUUUCUCCAAAACUUCAUUUCUGGAGAUUAGUUGGUAUUACUGGUAUUUUUGCUGUGUGCAUGAUCAGUGUCCAAUCUAUGUAACAUUAAAGAUUUGUUAAUGCAAAUGCCAAUAUUAAUGCAAAUUUGUAUGGGGCUUUUCGUUGUGGCAGCUUCUUUGGGGUGAUGGUGUUACAUGUAUUUUGACUGUAUUUUUGGUAGCUAAAGUUAAAAAGAAGAGCCUACAGGACUGGCAGUUGGGGGCAGAUGUGUGUCUAUUCCUCAGGCAUCAGUGGUUGUAAGUUAACUAUAAAAAUGUUACAACCAUCUGUGUAACAAGACGGCAAAGAUCUGCUCUUGCCUGUUACUAUAAAUAAGAAGGAGAUUUGUUUGACUUCAUAGACAUUGGAUUUAUAAAGACUGUAUGUGUCAAAUUGUAACUAUGUGCCAUGUUGCUGAGAUGUGUCUGCAGCCAACUACCUGGGGUGUCUUCCCCUUCAGACAUUCUAGUGUAGUGCACAAAUGUCUGUAUAGCACAACAUGUGACAAAUUAUAUUUGUUUUCUACCUAUGGGGAAAUGUAUGAUUCUUAUGGAUAAGCUUGUCUGAAGAGUAGGUAAAAUGGAUUCUUAAAUGGACUACUCAAGGAGUUCAGCAGAAAACGUGACAUUUGGUUCGAUUUAAAAUAUUUUUUCCACCAUUAAAAAUAUUUUCUGUUAUUGCUAAGUAAUACAGUGUAUGAAAGAACAUGUAUGCAUGAGAGAACAUUUAUAUAUGAGAACCGAGACCUUCAUAUUUGAACAUAGCAGCGGUUUCAAGUAACUGGUAUGUAAAAUCACAAUAGCUGGUUUGCUGUCACUUCAAAUAGAGAUUUUGGAUCUCUUUGGUAAAUCUCAAGUAGAGCAAUUCAAUAAAUCUAUUUCUUGAUAACUA